AUGAAUCCCCUAAAGACGCAGGCAAAGUCGUUGAGUUAUGCCGAAUUCGAUCGGGUUUAUUUUAAAGACUCCGGACCUUUGGAGAUGAUUAAAAAUACUCAAGGUUCUUUACAAGAAAUUAGAUUUAGAACACGUGGUAUUAGAAAUAUGGUUGUCUCGAAUGUCCCCGACAUCCCUUUAAGUGUCAUUGAAGUAAUAGCAAUGACAUGCCCGAAUCUUCACACAUUUGAAGGUCACUUAGAAAAGCGAUCCAUGCUCUACUUCCAAAUGAUAUUUAAUUCAUGCGCACUCGAAGAUCUCCAUGUUUCUACUGAACCCGGAGGCAAAGAGUUCUUUAGAUCUCGGAUUCCUUUUCUUUUACCUAAAUCUCUACGAUACUUGACCAUCUCGAUAAUGGGUAAAUUCUCUCCGGAAGAUUUCGAUCGAUUUUUAAAAUCAUGUUCUGCACCCUUGAUAAACCUCCGAAUACCGAUAUCUCCUUUCAUAGAUGACAA